AUGUGUGCGCUCCUCAUCUCCGCCUGGAUGUGCCAGUACCUCCACCAGCUAACGCAGAACAGCGGCCUGACAGACUACCACUCCACCGCGCAGGACCUCUACCAAACCUUCCGGGAGCUGGUCUACGACCGCCGAGGCUACCUGCACCUCGAAGAACUGGCCCGCGACUCCUGCGAGGACCCCUCAUCGACCUACACCCUGCACAUCGGCCACCUGCGCCAGGCCGCCCUCCAGCUCCUCGACCUCGGCGGGAAGCUGGCCGCGCUGGACGCCUCCGCGGCGGCCGCCACACAAUCCCUGAACACCUCCACCCCGCUCCCCACCGCCGACGUCCUCUCCGCCAUCCAGACCUCCCAGGACGUCGAGACCGCGCGCUGGCACCUCCGUGACCAGAUCCGGCGGACCUUCGACACCGCGCGGUGGUGGCUGCAGGACCUGGGGGCGGUGAUCACCGACGAGCUCGAGGACGAGAAAUCCCCCCCGCCGCUGUGGCAGCAAAUCGCGGACAAGCGGUUCCACGCGGAGGAGUACCGGGGGUUUGCGGCGCAGUUGGAGGCGUGGUUUGCGAGGCGGCGGCAGCAGCAGCAGCGGCAGCAGCAGACCACCGUUCGUGAUACUGUUCGUGAUCCCCAAGAGUUCACACUCACCCCGCUCCACCACCGCCUCAUCCGCCUCAACAUCAAACGAAGACACUACGUCCUCGCGCUCCAACAGCACUCCUCGGACGUGUACACCCUCGACCAGCUCCGCGCCUUCCAGCAGCGCGGCGUGAACUUCCCCGCGCCGCCGCACGCCGACGCCGUGAUUCACGGGUCCUGGACGGAGCCGCCGCCGCCGCCCUCCACCAUUCAGCAAGAACCAGAAACAGCAACCUUCCAAUGCCCCUACUGCCUCACCCCGGUCCCCACCGCCUUACUCGACGACAAAUCCUCCUGGCGCAGCCACCUCACCGCCGACCUCCGCCACCUCACCUGUCUUCACCCGGCCUGCGAAUCCCAAGAAGCCGAGGGGUUCGUCACGGUGCACGGCUGGGUCGAACACCUCGCGACGGGCCGGAAUAUCCGCGCGGAGUAUGAUUCCUUCUUCGAUGCUGCGUCGACCACAAAGGAUGCUGCUGGGGCUGGGGCUGGGGCUGGGGCGGUAGCUGGAGCUGCAACACCCCCCGAAAAGGCGGGGAGGGUUCCGCAUACGGGGGUUCCGGAUACAUGUCCGAUUUGCCUGUGGCAGCCCCAUGAUGGGGAAGGUGCUGGUGAGGGGGCGAUGCUCGUGCAUCUGGAACUCGAGUUGAGGUUCUUGGCGUUGCUGGCGAUUCCCUGGGCAGCGGAAAAGCCGUAUGGGCUUUUUGGGGAGGGGGCGUGGGCGGAAUGGGUUGAGGGGCAGGUUGGGUUAAAGGGGGAUGUGGAUGAGUGGGUGGAUUUGGGUUCGUUGGAGGAUUGGGAGGAUGGGCAAGGGGAGGGGGAGGGGAGGCUUUUGGAGACGGCGGCGAUGGGGGUGGAUUGA